GCAGCCCAUGUCUUGGUCUCGUUACUCGUACUGUAUCUUGUUGACUCAUCGCGAACUAUCAAUAAAUUCUUGUACUGGACAUAUUUCUUCUGGUUUCUACUUUCGAAGAAUAUUACACAAAAUCUCAAGUCUGCCAGAAUUCCACGCGCAAAAAUAAGUAUUUCGACAACUCUUAAAAUUGGAUUUUGUCUUGGAGAAUUGGAGUAAUGGCAGGAAAUUGGUUUCCAAUAGCACAAUUAACAAGCAGUGGUCGACCAAUUUUUCAACCUGGUGAAGUUGAAAGCAAUCUUCUCUCAUCAAUCGACAUAGAAAGUGAAGAAAACCCUAAUUUCCCUGUUUUCAAAUCUGGGGUUUUGAUUCUCACAACUCAUCGUAUUAUAUGGAUUGACGAGUCGAAGAAUAAUAAUUCCAGUAGUUCAUCAUCAACAUCAUCAGCAUCAGCAAUAUCAAUUCCUCUCGGUGCUGUUACUCAUAUUUUUUCACCCAAGAAAUCGAUUAAAAGUAUGUUUGCUAGCCCUAGAAUUCGAUUUCAAGUAUCAGUAUCAACUGCUGGAAAGGUUGAAGAGAAAGGUUCGAGAUCAAUGGUUAUUACUCUUGUUUUUAGAGGAUCAAAAUCAGAUCCUGAUACAUUUGUAACUAAAUUUUGGGAAGCUUGGAGAGCUAGAUCAUGGGAAGUAUUGAGUUCAGAGAAAUCUGAUUCUAAUGAGAAGAAUUUUGGAUCCGUGGAAAGUUCGAGCGGAUUGAGAAUGGCUGGAGUAUCUGGGAUUUUGAGGAAAGAACAAGAGACUUGGGAAAGUACUGAUAAAAGCUUGCAAGAUGCUUUUCAGGAUUUGAAUGCUCUCAUGGGUAAGGCUAAAGAGAUGGUGAUGUUGGCAGAGAAAAUGAGGUUAAAGCUUUUAUCCGGUCCUACUGGUCAACCUAGUACAACUGAUGAGGAGAUGGGUUCUAAGCAAGAUAUGCAGGAUUGGCUUUUGAGUGUGGGUAUUGCAUCACCAGUAACAAAAGAAUCUGCUGGUGCUCUAUAUCACCAACAGUUGUCUCGCCAGUUGGCAGAUUUUGUGAAAAUUCCAUUGGAGAGAGCUGGAGGAAUGACCGCUCUAAUAGAUGUUUACUGUCUCUUCAAUCGCGCCAGAGGAACAGAGCUGAUUUCACCGGAGGAUCUGUUACAAGCUUGUGCCAUUUGGGCGAAAUUUGAUGUCCCAGUAAUGCUGCGAAAAUUUGAUAGCGGAGUCAUGGUAAUCCAGAAUAAGUCCCACAGUGAUGAGGAGGUGUUUGCCAGAAUAAUGGCCCUUGUACUGAAACCUGAGGCCCUCCGAUUGGGUGUAAGUGCAAGCGACGCUGCAAUGACACUAGGAAUUGCCCCGGCAUUGGCGAAGGAGCAUCUUCUAACAGCUGAAACAAAAGGGCUUCUGUGCAGAGAUGUCAGUGCUGAGGGCUUUCGGUUUUAUAUUAAUCUCUUUAAAGAAAUUGAUCUAAAUGACAUUCACCUGUUAAAAGACUAUGGGGUUUACAGCAACUGGGCUUCUGCUGUCUCUGUUUCUGGGUAAUCAGAGAUAUCAGUGUGUCUAGUGCCUGAAAGUUGCAAGACCGAGAGCCAUCCAACUUAGCCCUUCAUACAUUGUCGCGUUGGGAACUCAAUUUAGUUUGGGACACUUAACCCAUUUCAAAAUCGUAAGUUUUGUUUCAUUUUCCCUUACUAUUCUAUGUCUAAACGGGAUUAAUCUGUACAUCUAAAAUCUGUCAAAAGUGGGUUUUGGACCGGAGGAAGGUGAUUGUAAAAAGCUGAGUGAUUUGUACACUAGAGAACGGUAAUAUGCAUACUUAACACCAUCUUUCUGUAGCCAGCCAAUGCUCAACUAAGUAAAAACUUGUACUUUAUCUCAUAAUAGUCAAUUAUGUUAUUAGUUGAA